CAAAAAUGGCGGGUGAAAUUGAAAACAAAAUAUUUAAAUGGAACUUGGAGCACUUUAUGUGGCGUUAUUGGAACGAGUUCGUUCAAAAUAAAACUAUAGAUCUUGAAACUAACAGAGACUUUCUAGCAGGUUUGCUGGCAUUGGCAAGCCAUACCAUUGAAGGUCAAGGUGAGGAGGAAGCAAACCAGAAUUGGUUAAAGGUGAAACUUAUUUUGUUUCUGACUCGUCUCGUUGAUGCAGAAAGUUAUCAAACUCGCUAUAAUGACAGUGAAGAUGAAGAGCAGGUUGGCACUACAUUAGAGCAAUCCGUAGAUUUGCUUGAUGGAGUUCUACAACUGACCCCUAAAGGCAUAUUCACCCAGAAAGAUAUUGAACAUGCAAAACGCAACAUGCUAAGACAGGCUGUGUAUAUAGUGCUCAGAGAUGCUGAUUAUGCAGAAGCUGAGAAGAUCAUGGCAAGGCAGGAAAGAUUCACCAAACCUAAAGCCCAAGAAGAUAAAGCACUGAAAAAGAAACUCAACAAUUUCAUCUCAAAGGAGGAUGAAAAUAAUCCAGAAUUACAGGAACAUAAUUUUGGUAACUUUCUCACUGAGAUGACGUCAUUUCUUGAACCACUGUGUAAGACAUUUCCAACACCAUUUUUGGUCAAGGCAGCUACAAAAGUUGUAAGCGAAGAGCAAAGAUUACAACGUUUCAACAACAACAAUAACAACAGCAUUGCUGAUUUGAGUUUCACAGAAAGCGAAAAAGGUGAUAUAAAACCCAAGCUGAUGAAGUUGAUCAAGGCUAAAGAAAACAGUAUUUCAAAGGAGGAUCAGAGUAAAAUAGAUGAAAUUAGAAAAAGAAAUAGAUCAGAGAGAGGAAAAAAGGCUUCCACCCAUGGACCAACUAGCAGUACACCAAAGAAAAGUGCUGAAGGGACCCUCUUCCCAGCUGGUUACGGAGAUCGCAAGAAACGGAGGAUGGCAGUUAGAGAAAUGGUAAAUACAGCUGAAGAAGAAAGGGUCACAUGGUCAUCUGACGAAGAAGCAACACCUGUGAGUAAAUUUGCAAGGAUGAGACAGCAAAUCAGUCCUACCCUUUUGAGAAACCGCAAUGUAUCAAGUACUAGCAAAUAUAAAAGUGAGAAAGUUGGUCGCAGGAUCCCAUGGACCUUAAAUGAGGAGGAAAAGCUCUACAAAGCUGUGCAGAAAUAUGGAGUUGGAUCCUGGUGUCGUAUUAUAGAAACCGGCUCAUUCCCAUUAAGGAGAAAUGUACAGUUAAAAGACAAAUGGCGGACUAUGCUUAAUACAAAAAGUGUGGAUCAGUGGAUCAAGAAAUAUGGAAUGUACUGAACUCUAUCUGAUUUAGAACUAAAAGAUGUACUGACCUUAGGAGUUAUACAGCCUAAAUAUCUAAAACAUAUAUCAUAUGAUAGCCAAAGGCGGGCCCAUGAGUGAACACAUGUACAUGUACAUUAUGUAAAUGGUGUAAGAAGGACUGAAAUAAUGUACAGUAUUGAACCGGAUUGAUCCAGGUUCAGUUAGUAAAUGGCAUGAGACAUGUUUUUAUUAAUACAAGUCUCCAGUAAGUAGAUUAUUCCCCAGAUUUUCUCCAAUGUCAUAAUAUAUCAG